GAGAGAGAUAGAGAGAGGAUAUGUGCUGUCUGUGGGAAGCUGGUGCUGUGCCCUCUCCUGGCUUGCUGAGCUGGACAGGCUGUUUGGCAUGGACUGAUUUUCUCAUACAACUCCAGCUUGGGCAGGCAAUCUUCACCAUUCUAGUUGAAAAGUACUUCUGCUGGCAGUGAGUGCCAUGAGCUCAGCUCACCUAAACAGCAGAGCUGCAAGCCACUUCAGAGCCUCAGAGGAGCAUGAACUAGAGGCAGUAGGGAAGAAAGCAUGGGACAAUCCUGUUUAUAAUGGCUCUCCCUCCACCUCCUUGAAGAUUCGAGCCAUCUACAACCCCAAGUCCAUGCUGGAGAAUCCCUAUGAAAACUUUGAAGAGGUGAGGGCUCCACAGUACUACCAGGAAGAGCAGAGCAAAGCUAUGGAUGGGAAGACAAGUCCUUUCCUCAAGUGCUGCUUCUACAUCUUCAGGGGCAUCCGAGGUCUGUGGGGCACUACGCUGACUGAGAACACCGCUGAAAACAGAGAGCUUUAUGUCAAGACCACACUGCGAGAGCUGCUAGUCUAUAUUGUGUUUUUGGUGGACAUCUGUUUAUUGACAUAUGGAAUGACAAGUUCCAAUGCCUAUUACUACACCAAAGUGAUGUCUGAGCUCUUCCUGCAGACCUCUACAGAUGGCCGUGUCUCCUUCCAGUCCAUUGGCAGUAUGGCUGACUUCUGGGUGUAUGCACAAGGCCCCCUUCUGGAUAAUCUUUACUGGACAAAGUGGUACAACAAUGAGUCCCUAGCAGCUCAUGGCACCCAGUCAUACAUCUAUUAUGAGAACUUGCUGCUGGGUGUCCCACGCAUACGACAACUGAAGGUGAAGAACAAUUCCUGUGUGGUCCAUGAUGACUUCAAGGAGGAAAUCUCAGGCUGCUAUGAUGUAUAUUCAGAAGACAAGGAGGAAAAGGUCUCCUUUGGACUCAUCAAUGGAACAGCGUGGAGGUACCAUUCUGAGAAGGAGCUGGGUGGCUCAUCUCACUGGGGAAGACUAACCAGUUACAGUGGGGGAGGAUACUACAUAGACCUCAAGCUGACCAGAGAAGAGAGUGCUGAAGCCCUGCAAAUCUUGAAGGAGAAGUUGUGGCUGGAUCGGGGAACACGAGCUGUCUUCAUUGAUUUCUCUGUGUAUAAUGCAAAUAUCAAUCUGUUCUGUGUUCUGAGAUUAGUGGUCGAAUUUCCAGCCACUGGUGGUGCCAUUCCCUCCUGGCAAAUCCGGACAGUCAAGCUUAUACGAUAUGUCAGUGUGUGGGACUUCUUCAUUGUUGCCUGUGAAAUUGUCUUCUGUGUCUUCAUCUUCUACUAUGUGGUGGAAGAGAUUUUGGAGCUACGUAUCCACAAACUUCAGUACUUCACCAGCAUCUGGAACAUCCUGGAUGUGGUCGUCAUUCUGCUCUCCAUCAUUGCUAUUGGGUUUCACAUCUUCCGCACCAUUGAGGUGAACAGGCUGUUGGGAGAGCUGCUGAAACACCCCGAUACCUACGCAGACUUCGAGUUCCUGGCAUUCUGGCAGACACAGUACAACAAUAUGAAUGCAGUCAACUUAUUCUUUGCCUGGAUCAAGAUAUUCAAGUAUAUUAGCUUUAACAAAACCAUGACCCAGCUCUCCUCCACACUGGCACGUUGUGCCAAGGACAUCCUGGGCUUUGCCAUUAUGUUCUUCAUUGUCUUCUUUGCCUAUGCCCAGCUGGGCUACCUUCUUUUUGGGACACAAGUGGAAAACUUCAGUACCUUUGUUAAAUGCAUCUUCACCCAGUUUCGGAUCAUUCUCGGUGACUUUGACUACAAUUCCAUUGACAAUGCCAACAGGGUCCUUGGGCCUAUUUACUUCGUCACCUAUGUGUUCUUUGUUUUCUUUGUGCUCCUGAACAUGUUUCUGGCCAUCAUCAAUGAUACCUAUUCAGAAGUCAAGGAGGAACUUUCAAGCCAGAAGGAUGAGCUGCAGCUCUCUGACAUCUUGAAGCAGAGCUACAACCGGACACUCAUGAGGCUGAAGCUGAAGAAGGAGCGGAUUUCUGAUGUGCAGAAAGCACUGCAGAAUGGAACAAAAGAACUGGACUUUGAAGACUUCAAGAACAGCUUGAAGGAACUGGGCCAUGCAGACUAUGAGAUCACAGCAGCCUUUUCCAGGUUUGACAGAGAUGGCAAUCACAUCCUUGAUGAAGAGGAGCAACAGGAGAUGAAGCAUGACCUAGAGGCAAAAAGGGUUGCUCUGAAUACAGAGAUUGAAAAUUUGGGGAAAUCCUAUGGUGACAACAACCUGGAUGAGAAUCUGAGCUACGUGGAAACAAAGAAUAACCACAUCAAUAAGGCCAGCUGGGUCUCCAAAGAAGAGUUCCAAGUCCUCCUGCAACGUGUGCUGCAGCUGGAACAGUCAAUAAACAGCAUUGGCUCCAAGAUUGAUGCAGUGGUAAAAAAGCUAGACAUGCUGGAAAGAAACAAGCUGAAGAGGAAGGACCUGUUGGGAAAGCCACUGGAUAAUGUUAGCAAGGAGGAAGAACCCAAUCAGGAAGAGCUGCUGCCUCAGAGCCUGGACCAGCUGGGGAAAGAAGAAGCAGAAAGCUGCGGAAUAGAACUUGUACGGGGAAACAACCUGAGUGGCAACUCUUCCCAAAAUGGGGUCUACCCCAUCUUGCCCAGGUCAAGUGUGCCAGCAUCUCAGGUGCCCAAGAACGCCGAGCCACAGUCUGAUGUGCGCUUCUAGUGAACAGCCCAGUGCUCCCUGUCUGCCUCCUACCGUACUCUGUCACUGUCUGUUGUUUUCCCACUGUUAGAAAAAUCUAGAGAGCUGGAUGCAUGUACUACUGUUGCCAGGAACCAGUGAUGUGAAAAAUCAGUGAUGCUCUUUUCCAGUGUUAUGAUGUGUAAUGUCACAAAGCUAUAAUAGAACUUUGGCCCCCAUAUCUCUGGAGUAGGUAGAAAUUUGGCCUCUGAACAGGCUGACACAUAAUCUUUUAUUUAUCCUUUCCCAAAAAGCAGAAACCCCAGAUCUCUGUGAAAACUUACGUCUGGAGUGGCACAUUGUAACUUGUUCCCAACUCCCACAAUUAUCUGCAGCACAAAGAUGAGGUAAUCAUGUAAAAAAAAAAAAAUAGUGAAAGAUGGAAAGGAAAAACUUAAUUAUCUGUGCCUACCUGGUUACCAGCAGUUUUGUUCUGUUGUAGUUUCCAGAAUGCUUUGGUAACCCUCUCUGUGCCUUGGAUUCAGAUGUUGAGAAAAGAGGAUGCUAAGACUUGACUCAUUUUAUGAAAAUGAGAUAAAUGCUAGUUUUUCAAUCGCAUGCAAAAUACUCCUUUUCCAGGCAUUUUUCACCUGUCUGAGACUUCUCUUCCUUGUAGUUUGUGCAGACUACUGCAGCCAUAGGGGACCAUUGUAGAUGUAUUUCAAAUAUCUUAAUUGCUGGUGUUCUUACAAUAGUUAACCUCAAAUAGGCUCUCUAGGCUUAAAGCCAAUGGAAAUGCAAGUUGUUCCAGGCUGCUACUAACAACUCAUAUUAAUACUACACUCACUGUUCAGUGUGCUAUAGAGUGCAGUGAUAGGCUUAGUGGGGAUGUUGUGCAGUGGAAUUUUGUAUUGGCACCUUUUUGAGAUGGUUGUGUCACUCUGUUCUGGGGGAAAGCCUCCCUGGGAAUGUCUGAAGGACCACAGGAUCAGCCCUGUCCACAGAGUCCAGGGCUGCCACAGCUACAAAAUAUCAUUGAUAAACUGAAGCAGAGGGUCAUUCAGCUGUCAGAGUCUAGCAGGAGACCUUCUCAUCCAGCCCACAGGGAGCUUAGAUUUCAGCCAAGAGCUGUGGAUGCAGGAGCUGCGGAUGCAGGAGCUGCAGGGUCUCACAGCUCGCUUUCCAUCAGCUACUCCUGCUGCUGGGGAUAAUACUUAUCUUUGAGACUUUGCCACAGUUCUUGACUCCCAGUUCUACUGAAUUCAGAACAGGGCAGGAACUUCUUACCUUCAGCUUUUCCAGCUGAACUCAGAACAGUGAUGUUGCUUAUUUCCUCCUACUCUAAGCACUGAAGUUAUUGUGUUAUUGAGAAGAAAAUGGCCCAUGUCAGGAGAACUUCCUCAAAUAGGCUUUUUUUUUUUUUCCCCAGAAUUUAGUUAUACAGAAAAUCCAUAUGUGAAGUUCUAAUUGAACAGAGGAGCUACAUGCUCUCUAAUGGACUUGAACAGUGCACUCAGUGGUUAAUGAAUCAGGUGCUCUGUGUGCUGAAAGUCACAGAGGAAGGUUCUUCCUUAAAUUAAUUUGUAAGAUCGUAUUUUAGAUCCUGGCUCAAUAGCAGACUAUGUUUAUUGAGGCCUAAUUUAAAAACAAAAAAUAUAGGCUGCUCUUUUGAAGUCUCUUCCAGAGACUCAGAAUACUGGGUGAGGUCCUGAGCCUGCAUUACUGGAUAGAUAUCAAAUACUUGGGAUACUGAUCUGUGAAGAACUAAGUCUGGCACUACAGGAGAGAUCCAAGCAGCAACUGUCUGCUUCAGGGGGUUGAUCUUGUGCUGGUAGAGUCAGUGGAAGACAUGUUGCUGGCUGAGGCUCAGUUCCUUAACAUAGAAACAGCUACUGUGAGGACAACAGGAUCCUGAACUUGGGUCCUGCCAAGAAAAUGAAGGUGAAAGUGAUGACCUGUAAGGCCUGGCUUUAUAAAACCUCAGAUUUCUCACAGGGAGAGUGUUGCUUGCUUGCUCUGCUCAACGGAAAAGGUGGCAUAAGACCUCUCUCUUUGCAUUGCCCAGUGUUUCUGUUGCCCUUCUGAGCUCUGCUAAACAUCUGCAGGACCAGCCCCACAGAUAACUCACCCAUGGAGGCAGGGAUGCUGCAGCCACGGCAGCACAGCACAGGAACCUGCAGUCACUACACACCAGAAGGCCAUCUCCACCCCAUUGCUCCUGCCUGCACAGGGACCCUGUGAGUGUCAGGGAAGGCAGGUGAGGCAAGAGGACCACGCUGUGGCAGCUGGACUCAGAUCCACAGGACAGUCAUCAUCAGCCUCCAGCAAUGUGGGAAGCAGGAGGAGGGAAACAGUUGUGUUUGUGCUGCAUGGUUUGUUCAAGCUUGAAUCCCAGGAAGCCACCUUUCUGCCGGAAAGGGAGAGCACAGCGCCCCAUGGGGCUCUUGCAGCUGGGAGAGAGCUCUGCCCCUCGCUCUGCCGGUCCAUGGCAACCACAGAAGCUGCAAGCCCUGCUUGCCAGGGCUCCCUGCUUCCUACUGACCAGAACAGUCUGGCAGCCUCCUCUCCUUUGGGCGAGGGGCAGCAGUCAGCCUGCCCUGUGGAGGAGCCCUGAACCAGCUCUGGCUGGGAUCAGACAAGAACCACAGGCUGCUGUGGUCUCCUGAGUGUCAUCAACAGCCUGGUCAGUGAGCUCCUUUUCCCCUUUCUGGCAGAAAGACUGCUCCCUUUGCCCCAUGUUAUGAUUUUGGUGGUGCCAGUGCCGCAUAGUGUGAAACAAGCUCUGUCACUGGUAUAUGCCUGUGCCUGCAUUAGUGUCUUCUCCUGUACGUCUCCAUGCAACUGUGUCUUGUCUGUUCCUUGUCGUCAUGCCGCCAUUUAUACGAUGUGUCCUAGAGUAGCACAAGGUAAUCACUUGUCCCCAGCAAUUGCUUGUGUGUGAUUGUCAAUCAUGUGCUCAAGCUGGUUGAGAAACAACAUAAAUACACUGAAUGGUAAGUUCAUGCAGCUUCUGUUUUCACAUGUAUGUUGUCAGGACUCCUAUCAGGAGCUGUUUAGAUGACAUAUGUCUCAUGGGGAAAGUAAAGUAUUUUUUCCUCUACAA